AUGUCAAGCAUAGUUGUAGAAGCCUUUGAUACAUGUUUUUCUGACCAUUUAGGUAUUGCAUUUCAUUUUAAUUUGAAAACUCUAAAACCUGUUAGGAAGAGAAUAAACUACAGGCCUGUCACUGAUGAAGGUCUUUUCAAGUUAUACAGUAAAAUUGAAACAGUCGACUGGAUCUUUUUGUCUGAUAUUAGUUUACCACUGACCACAAAACUCGAACGAUUCAUGAACAUCUUAACAAAUAAUGUCGCUGAGUGCUUGCCAAUCAAAUCUAGGUUAGUAUCAGAGGGUUGUCGCAACAAAAUCAACUGGUUUGAUCACGAAUUGGCUCAUAUGAGAGAGACUUUGGAACUAAUAACACAAAUUAAUAAAGAUAAUCCCCAAGUAGUAUCAAAGAAGGAGAUUAAUGUCUUCAAAUCAAAGUACCGAUCAGAAAUCAGAAUUAGGAAAAAAAAUGCUCAUGAUAAAUUUAUACGUAGAGCGUCAGAUAAACAAGCAGCUAUGUGGAACGAAGGAUGGACGGGCCAGCGGCCUGGCGGUGUUGCCACGUGCUGCCGGUGCCGUUUCCGCGGUUUGACCAGACCAGACGAGGACUUGAUCAGCUGGCUGGCUUUCUCUUGGAAUUUGUAA